ACCUGCAAUCAGCAUUUUUGUCAGCAUCAAAAAUAACUAAGAAUUGUUGGGAGAUGGCAUUAAAUGACAUUUAGGUAGGAGAACUUAAGGGAAACUUGUGCAAGAAUAUGAAAGCCUAUUUUUCACUAUUUAUUUAUCAAUUCUUUGUCAUUAAAGCAGUAAAAGGUUACGUUAAACAAGUCAAAGAUUUGUGGUCGGUAGAUUUAUUGGAACGCCUGAAGAGACAUUCGUGUAGGGCAAGGAACAUACAACGACAAAUAACAUUACUUCAUAAACUGGAGUCAGGAACAUUUUUUGAGCUAGGUCACGUUCAAGACAUUGAAACGUGUACACUGCAAUGCUGCGAGAGCGAGAGUUGCGAAAUGGCAUUGUUCAAAAAUAAUUUCUGCUACGGUCUGACAUGCUUCAGUCCUCAACAUUGCAAAACCGCGCCGGCAUAUGACAACAAAAUGAUUGUGGUGGUUUUGGAGAAAGCAAAUCGUCAUUCUACUACGUAUGAAACAAUGACCAUCCAAUCAAAAAAAAGAAAACGAAGAAAAGAGUACGACGAAAAACUUGUAUUUUAUCCAUCAGAGAAUUCGCAAGAGCUUGCGUUUUCAGUAAACCUGAGAAACAUUGCAAAGCAUUAUGUACAUGAUUUGAAUGUGAGAGAUAUUUUAAACGCUAAAGCAGACGAACAUUUAGAUCAACAACAAUUAACAAAAAGAAGUAAUCUUUAUGUUUAUAAAGAUCAUCUAAAAACCAAAGAUGAAAAAGGAAGCUCUAAAAUAAACACGUCCAUACUUCAAUUCUUUUUAUCCUCACAAAACCUAUCACAAAAAUCUGCAAAACGUGCGAAAAAUCUUUAUAAACAAAAAAAUGGCACGAAAAAUAGAUCAACAAAGUGGAGCGAGCGUAUAUUACUAAUACCAAGCUCAUUAAUCAUAUUAUUGAUGGUUCUUUUAACUUUACUGGCCAUAAAACGUAAGAAUAAAAUAGAAAUGAAAAACAGCAGAUAGACAAUACACAGGCAGCAACAUACGUUAGCAGUUAUGGUUGGGGAUAUAACCAGUUCCCGUCAAGUACACCAGCAAUUGACCUUUAAAAGUUGUUGAAAAGGUUUAAAAAAUGUCAAUAGAUAAUAUUUGAGUAAAUACCUGAAAUUAUAUAAAAGAAUGACUUGCCAUAACUUUUAUAAAUGAACAGAUGUGUAA